AUGGCCGGAACCACAGGCAGGAAGCGGGCGCGCGAGGGCAAGGUCAAGCCCCCGCAACCCACCAAGAAGCAGAAGAGGCAGAACCUGCGCCACUACGACCGGGUUGCCAACGACAGCGAGGAGGAGGAGGAGGGCGCGGGCGCGGGCGACUUCAAGGCCGUCGACCUGCUCGACUCGGACUCGGACGACAUCCACAAUGCCGCGGCCGACGAUGGCGCCGAGUCGGCGGGAUCCAUCAGCUCCGGCGACGAGGCGCCGCGGGGCGCCCCCGAAGAAAGUGAAGAAGGCCGCCAAGGCAGCGAAACCAACGAAGCGCUCGGCCGCCGCCGAGGCGCAGAAGCAGACCGCGGGCUCCGAAGCAGACGACAAUGA